UCAGCUUGGUAUUCAACAAAUCAUUAUCGGCGGGCUUAUAAGGAGAGUUUUCAUCCUCCCGAUGAUACUCGCUAUUGGCCGGAAUUAUAUAUACCGUACUUAUUACCACCUAAGCACAAAAGACAAGCUGGACGACCAAAAUCCGUACGCAUUAGAUCUACCAUGGAUCAAGGUCGUGAAGGAGUAGCGUCACGAACCCGAUGUGGACAAUGUAAUCAAUUAGGACAUAAUAGGUCUCGUUGUCCAUCAAGAGCAAGUAGAUAGCAAUUAAUUUGUAUAUACACGAUGCUUCCCGGACCGGAUAAUGAUGAAGUCCUUUAUGAUCAGUCACGCCACCGUUCGGAGAGCAUAUCAUUGACAUCGAGAGGACAAGAGCUGGUUAUGAUUGAUCAUAGCCUUGGACAUACGCGCUGGCCACUUGAUGAUCCUCGCAUCAUUGCCCUAGUAUCCCAAGCCGGUUUUCUUACUUGCUCAAAAUUGAAAUGGAUGAAGCUCGAUUGGGCACUGCUUAACGCGUUGAUGGAUAGAUGGAGGCCGGAGACUAAUACUUUCCAUCUACGUGUCGGCGAGACAACUAUUACUCUCCAGGAUGUAGCAGUGAUCCUAGGUCUCCGCAUUGAUGGCCCUUGUAUCACGGGGACUGAUAGGCAUGUUUGGCGAAGAGUAUGUGAUAAUUUGUUAGGAAUAUCUCCGGAGUCCUUGCCUGGAGGGUAUAUUAGAUUGAAGUGGCUUAAGGAGAGUUUUGGAAACCCGUUGCCACAAGAUGCACCUGAAGUGAUGAUCCAACAGCAUGCGAGAGCAUAUAUUAUGCACAUGAUCGGGACACUUCUUUUUCCCGAUUCAAGUAAACAUAAAGUCCAUUUGAGGUGGUUACCACUUAUCGAAGACUUCGACAUGUGCGGGACAUUAUCCUGGGGUAGUGCUGUUUUAGCAUACCUAUAUCGAGAAAUGUCAAAGGUUGCUUUAAUGCAAAAUAAGGAGCUCAAGGGUUGUUUAACAUUGCUACAAGUUUGGGCAUGGGAAAGAUUGGUUUUGAAACCACGAUUAUGCGAGAUCCGAGAGUUAGAUGGACAUAUUCCACUAGGCUGCAGAUGGAAUGUCACAAAAGCCUAUGAUGAGACCCCGGCUAGGCAAUUAGAUUUUUACAGAGGGGAGCUCGACCGGAUGAAAAUUUUUCAGUUCGAGUGGCAGCCAUACACCCCUCACCUACCUCGUCUACCGCUGAUUUGUAUGGAGGGACACGGCAUAUGGAGGGCUAGAGUUCCUCUCAUUUGUUUCGAGAUUGUGGAGAUACACGUACCUGAUCGCGUAUUUAGACAGUUUGGACUCGCGCAACAUGCUCCACAAUAUGUCGAAAAAAUAGAGAGAAAGGCGACUAAAGGUGGACAUCAGAUUGACUGGAGGCGCACGCAUCAAUCAUACAUAGCUCGGUGGAAUGAUCGGCAUCAACUUAUUGUCGAUCCGCUUUAUCCUCCGAUGGAAGAAGUUGAUUACAUUAAAUGGUAUUGGGGGAUUACCAGACGUUGGAUAAUCACUCAAACUACGCCUCCAGUCAACGAAAUCGAGAUUCACUCCCAAUAA